UCCUUCAGAGUGUGAGGGGGACGGGCUUCCCAGUGGUUACAGCUCUAGGGACUCCAUCCUCAGAGCCAGCACAGAGAGGGACUGGAAAAGACGAAAACGGGGGCAACUAAGGCGGCUUAACAGCUGCAGCAACUCCAGCGCUGAGGCUGGCAGAGAGAAGCAGCAGCCAACGUUUGGACUGAGUGGAGGUGUAGCCAUGCGCUGCUCCACCCUGCUCGCCAUCUUGACGGGGGUUCUUCUUUACUUGGUGCUGGGAGCUGUGGUGUUCCGUGCCCUGGAGGCUCCGCAGGAGGAGGGCGUGCACAUGAAGCUGCAGGACACACGCCGGGACUUCCUGCUGAACUUCUCCUGUGUCGACUCAGACAAGCUGGAGGUUCUCAUAGAGGAGGUGGUGGAGGCCACUGGAGCAGGUGUGGAUCCCAUAAGCAACGCUACAUUUGUCAGCAAAUGGGAUCUGGCCAGUGCCUUUUUUUUCUCAGGGACCAUCAUCACAACCAUCGGUUGGUGUCCAAAAUGGCGAGUUAGUCCCACCAUCGUGCGUGUGAUCUCAGCUGUCCUGUCCAUCCUGUUGGGUUGUGUGCUUUUUGUUGCGCUGCCAAUCUUCAUUUUUCAAGAGGUGGAGGAGUGGACCCUGCUGGAAUCAGCCUACUUCGUCGUUAUCACCUUGACCACAGUGGGGUUUGGAGACUAUGUUGCAGGGGAUUCGGGAAUGGAAGGCAGCGACCACUGGUACAAACCCUUGGUGUGGUUCUGGAUCUUGUUGGGGCUUGCAUACUUUGCAUCUAUCCUCACAAUGAUUGGUAACUGGCUCCGGGUUCUUUCAAAGAAGACCAGGGCUGAGAUGGAGGAGUUGCGAGCCCACGCCACUGACUGGACUCAGAACAUCCAAAAUAUGUCGGUGGACUUUCGCAUGCCAGGAAAAAUUGAUGACCCCUUUAAACGGCGUAGGAGAAAGCGCCGCCACGGCCCUCGAAGCCAUGGUCACAGUGUAUCAGCUAACGGGGUGCCUGAGGGGCAAGAAGAGCAGCGUGAGAGUCAGGAAGAGUCUGGGUCAUAUUCUUCUUCAUCAUCGUCCUCCUCUAAUGAGUCAGGGUCUGGAUCGGAGACAGAUUCUCAGGCCACUCAGACGGAGCGAGUCCCAGAAGAAAAGCCUGCAGAACCCAAACAGGAGGAGGCUCCUCCUGACCCCCACAUGUCCCAGCCUCUGGACUACUUUGGUGAAAACCUUGCAUUUAUUGACGAGUCCUCGGAUACUCAGAGCGUCAAACUACAUUUGGAUCCCCUGCUAAAUCCAACAAAGCCCGAUCCCCGUCAGCCAAAAAGGAGACGCCACAGAAGGCCAGUUCCUCAGAGGAACCACAAAAACAACAGCCCCAACAGCACUAACAAGAAGGAACCCAAUAGAAACCCCAGAUCCGUUCCAGAUUUGCCACCCAAGCCUUGUGAAUGAUAGCAAAUGUAUUGAGUCUCGUUUGACAGAGAAGUUUUAAUUGUAGAAUAUAUAGUGCCUGCAUACAGACAUUCAAGAUAAAAACAAGAUGUCGAAGCCUUAGCCACGUGUGGUUUUGCAUUUAAUGUUCUUAGCAUGUGAGUGUUUAUGCCUCCCUUAAAGGUGAUGAAGAGAUUUUCAUGCCAGUGUUCCCUUUACUUGCUGAGGAGUUACUGCUCUCUAGUGGGCCAGGACUGAAGUGCAGUACGACUCUGUGAACAUGCUUUAUGGUAGUCACGAUAAACUUUAUACACCAGUGUGCUGAAGUGAGGCUUCUCUGAUCUGUGACAGUAACUACUGAAUCCCUCCAACAAAUAAACAGGUACUCGAGGUCCUCUUGUACAUUUUUGGUAUGUAUUGAAAUCUUUUUUAAAUCCUGUAAACUGCAUUAUAUUUAGAUUUUCAUGGCCAAAUGCAUUGAAUUCUAUUGCACUACGUACAUCUGCCUAAUAAAGUUGUUUUUAAUAAAA